UCCAAUUAACUCUUCAUCCUCUUUCGCUGAUGGUGUGAUGCUGCCGUCCACCAACCAACUCCUCUCGCUAGACUGAGUCACUUCGGUGGCGUCACCCUCAGAGAGCCAUGUUCGCCGCCCUCCGCCGCUCCCGAGCCGCCAUCAAACGCCUCUCGGUCGCCAUCACUGCCACCUCCGUCGCCAAACCUUCCUACCCGGUGGAUUGCCCGGCGAUCGGCGCCUCCUCCUCCCGCCGCGACCAGAGGCGCCACAAGUGGGACGGGGCCGAGUACGACCACAUCAGGGCAGACGUGAAUUGUCCUCGGUGCUCGAAGCAAAUGCCCCUCCUCUUCUCCAAUCGCCCCCUCUCCAUUACCGGACGAGAGCCCGGCGUCUACCAGGCCCUAAACCUUUGCCCCCACUGCCGGACCGCCUUCUACUUCAGGCCUUUCAAGCUGGAGCCACUGCAGGGGAGCUUCGUCGAGAUCGGCCGGGUCUCUGCCAGGGACAUGGAGCGGCGCCGCGAUGCUUCCUGUGUGAAGAGCGAAGGUCGCCGUGAUACGGCGGAGAUCGGCGUGGCGGUUGGGGAGGAGAAAAACGGAGGUUGGGGAGGAGGUGCGAAGUUGGGGAGGAAGUUGCCAACGCCGAAGGAGAUUUGCAAGGGGCUUGACGAGUUCGUUGUUGGGCAGGAAAUGGCGAAAAAGGUUCUUGCUGUGGCAGUGUACAACCACUACAAGAGAAUAUAUCACUCCUCUGUCAGGAAAGAGUCAGAUGGGGACGUAUCUUUUGGUGGUUUUGCUGAUGAUAAUCGAUAUGUUUCUGUGGAGCUAGAGAAAAGCAAUAUACUGUUGCUGGGUCCCACUGGCUCGGGGAAGACAUUGCUGGCAAAGACGCUAGCUCGCGUUGUGAGUGUCCCAUUUGUUAUUGCAGAUGCGACAACAUUGACAGAGGCAGGUUAUGUUGGUGAAGACGUAGAGUCAAUAAUAUAUAAGCUGCUUGCGGCAGCUGAUUUCAAUGUGGAGGCAGCACAGCAAGGUAUCGUUUACAUAGAUGAAGUUGAUAAAAUAACUAAGAAGGCUGAGUAUACAGAUACUGGCCGAGAUGUUUCAGGGGAGGGUGUCCAACAGGCAUUACUGAAAAUGCUAGAAGGCACUGUAGUGAAUAUUUCUGACAAAGGAGCUCGAAAGCAUCUUCCUGGAGAUGACAUUCGGAUAGAUACAAAGGAUAUCCUGUUUAUAUGUGGUGGGGCCUUUGUUGAUUUGGAUAAGACUAUCUCGGAAAGGCGACAAGAUUCUUCCAUUGGAUUUGGAGCACCAGUGCGCGCAAACAUGAGAGUGGGUGGACUGACAGAUACAGUGGUGGCAUCCUCCUUGUUGCAAUGUGUAGAAAGUGGUGAUCUCAUUGCAUAUGGCCUUAUUCCAGAGUUUGUUGGAAGGUUUCCUGUUUUGGUUAGCCUAUCAGCUUUGAGUGAAGACCAAUUAGUUCAGGUUCUCACGAAGCCGAAAAAUGCUCUUGGGAAGCAGUACAAGAAGAUGUUCCGGAUGAAUAAUGUUGAAUUACAGUUUACAGAGAAUGCCUUGAGAUUAAUUGCUAAGAAAGCACUGGCAAAGAACACUGGUGCACGAGGUUUAAGAGCUCUUUUGGAGAAUAUACUGAUCGAAGCAAUGUUUGAGGUUCCGCAGGAUACUGCAGGUGUCAAUACUGUACGUACCGUUCUAGUCGAUGAGGAGGCUGUUGGCCCAUUGGAUGGACCAGGUUGCGGAGCGAAAAUUAUUCAAAAGGAUUUGCAAAUAGAAGCAGUUCUUUCAUGAAUAAGCCCUAAAUAUGGUAGUCAGCGCUCUUGCAACUUAAUUUGAGAGAGGGAAAACUUCAAGAUGCUAAUCACUGAUGGAAACUUUGGUCUCUAAAGUCAGCAACUUUUUUUUUUUUUUUGGGGGUUCACAAAGUCAUCACUCAUCGGCUCUCUUAAGGUUAUUGCACAAAAGUAUGGGUGUAUUGAAGAGCUCCUUAAGGAUAUUGCACUCAAGGGUGGGCGUAUUGUCGGGCUUGGUCUAAUACGGGGAUAGGAGAUGCGGAGCUAAAGUGAUAUUCGACAGAGAUGGAUCCCUAGUGGACUCAGGUCAUACGAGUACUUUGCCUUGUGGAGACUGACUGUACAGGAAUUAUAGCAUGCCAUUGUCGCUGCGUCAGCUACGAUGUUGCUAGCAGAUAAUAUCACUAGUUAGGUCUUGUUUUGCAUAAGAGAUGAAGGAGAAAUAUGUGCCAUGAGGUGAAGGGGAAAUAACUGGGGACGUGCCAAUAAUCGAAGCCAGGCAAGUCCUUCUGUAUAGGCUCCACUGCUUCACUACUAUCUUUGUUGGACCGCAACUGUCAGUAUUGAAAUUUUAGUAUGACUGGAUUCCGGGGAUAA